GAUGCCGCUAACAGUAGCGCCAAGGUGGGAGAGGAGGAGGGAGGGAGGACAAGAGAAGAAGCGCCACAGCCUCGAACAUGAUGAGGCUUCCCAUCGCCAUGAGACGCUUGCCUGUGAUCCAGAAGGUCUCGUACAAGUCUUGGUUCCAGACUGCGAUGCUGCUGACUGGCGAGGAAAGAGAGGAGAAGAAAAGGCAGCCAUGAGCUUGCCUGCCACAGCCUUGAGUGAAGUCGAGGAGCAUGAACGCCUGUCUUUAUCCUUGAACUGCUAUCCUCUCCGAGGGAGGCCCUUCGGUAUCGCCUUCGUUUGGUCGUUUUCUUACCUGGACAAAAGUGGCGAAUUUGUAUUGAACAUCGCGAACGACAGCGCGUCUCUGGUAGCAGAGGAACUGCAGCUGUUCGGAUUCGAAGUCAGACCGCGACAGAAUGUCAAGAAGAAGUACAUUAUGGAUGAGAUCUCCAUGGAGAACAUCGAAACUCUUUCCCACACGUAUGACUGUGUGUUGGUGUACAUCGCUGCGGUUGGAGAUGGAGAGUGCUUUCUAGCUAUAGACAACGAGAAGAUCUACAUUAAGGACAUUUGGAAGCGAUUUGAAGAGAUCGGCAUGGAAGGGAAGCCGAAGAUGUUAUUCAUGGAUCUCUUUGAAUCGCGAUCAUCUUACGUUGACGACAUAGUCAAAGAAUUCAAUCUUGCCAAAAAGCUGUACGAGGAGAGCCUUGAAGACAUCGCCUUGAUCCAAUCCCAGGACACCAAUGUUCCUGCGACGCUUCUCAAGGCUUCUUGCUGGCUGUUCUGCUAUACGUGUCUGAUUUUCUGUCGCCAGAGGAAGUUGGACUUGCACGCAGACCUCAAGGCAAAAGAAGAGCUGAAGCGAGAUCUUCCUCAACCCCCUUCAGCCGGAACCAUGGCACGCGUCGCCGUGAUGCAAAUCCCUCUUCGUCGAGGACAUGCUACCUGGUCUUGCCUAACUUACGGAGACGGGAUGAACGCCUUCUGCAGUCUGAAUGACGUUUUAGGAUCCACAGCAGGCGGAUGGGCGUUCAAUCAGGUGGGUCAGUUCCUUCACAACUCGCGAGCUGUGGAGGCGAAGGCCUUGUGGGGCAAAGCAGAUCACAUAGAAGCCGGUGACGUUGUAACCAUCACGCUCGACAUGGUCCAGGGAUCAAUCAAGCUCGAGGUGGAGGGGAAGUUCAAGAGGCAUCAGAACCGGCACUUCAACCAGCGGUUCGUCCGACCGGCUGACCACUCAGGCGUUCUCUUCCCGGCCGUCUCUCUCUGCGACAUCGAUGACGAGAUUGAACUCCUGCACUUUCGGUACAGCGAGAAGGAGACGGCGGACGAGCAGAGCUUCGCCGAAUUCCAGGGCUCUGUGUGGGACACGCGGAGUUCUGCGCGAGGCCUCCGCUUCGAAGGCAGAGGAGUUGUGCGAGUGGAAGGAGAGCAUCUGCCGCAAGCACACGAUGCCAUGUUCCUCAUCCACCGGCAGCCCAUCACUCGAGCCCCGAAAGCAUUCACAGAGCGAGGAGAUCCAGUAGGAGAAUGUUUCCUUGGAGUCUUCGGUGUUCAGGACCAGGAUUGCGCUGACAUCUCCCCCUUCGCCUUCUCACUGAAGAAGCAUCUGAGGGCAGCCCUCACUUCCAGUGACCGGCAAGAUGAAGGGCCUCAUGGUGAUGAGGACGAGAACAAGGCUCGCUGCCUCUCGGACGUUCUUGUCCAUGGAAUACGACGAGAUCUGGAUGCGACCAGCUUGAAGUCUUUCCUCAGAGGCUGUUGUGAAAUAAGUGAGGAAGAGCUGAGCGAGGCAAGUGACUUGUUUAGGGCAAAGAAUCUGAGUAUCAAUGAGGUCAAGAAGAUCGAUGACAAGUCUGUCUUGGAGGACUUGGGAUUCACAUCGCGACAGCAGAUUGAGUCAAUUCACCGAGGGAUUGUCAAGGCUCGCAACAAUGCCUCCGCCGAAGUUCAUUUCUUGAACCUUUACUCGAAAUCUUCCUUCUCCCGUCUUUUCCUUUCCAGCCUCCCUCCCCUCGCCUGGUCGCGUCAAGUCUCCUGCGACUUCCUCCGCUUCUCUCCUGAUGCUUGCACGGUCAACAAAGUCGGCCAGUCCAUCGCCUCUGUUACAGCCAUCGCUGCUCUCAGCUCCACACUCCGGGCCGGCAAGAAGUUUGGAGCGGUUCUGACAGGGAGUGGAAAGCAUUCGUGGGAGUUUGUGAUCGCACGACUCAGAUCGUCACAGGGAGGUGAUGAAGUGAACGCUGGUUCCAUCAAGCUUGGCAUAGUGCAGUCGGACGCCGUCGCUCGGGGAGUCUAUCACCUUGCUGCUGGGAAGUGUCAAGAAGUUUCGGCCUCUGCAGUUGUUCUUGAGUCCUCUGCAAGCUCGCAAGAUGGAGCAUAUGAAGGCAUGCAUCUGCACAUCACCGAGGGCAUGGGAGCAGGUCAGGUUUCACGCAUCUUUGCCUACGUCGGAGAAACUCGAACGGCUUACAUUCAGUUCGAAGCUCCCGUGAGCGCGGAGUCUAGCUUCUACGCCGUGACCAAGUUGUACGGCUUUGAGGUGGGCGAUGACGUGUUCUCCUGGGCAGUAGCGUCGAGCUCCAUGGGCAGAAGCGCGAUCAUGCACGGCAACGUCUUCGAGUCUUCCUUCAAGCAGCUCCGCUUCCAGGGUGAUCCUCUUGCUGUCAACCGAGUCACUGCUGCUGGCUUCGAGCUGGACAACACGUACCCCCGCAUCCUCGGGCCAGCGCUCAAGGAGGGAGACACGCUGACUGUGUGGCUUGACCUCGACACCGGAGUGCUCGCGUUCUCGCUCAAUGGCGAGCGGCUGGGAGAGAGCGUGGAAGGAGUGCGAGGGCCCGUCCUCCCCGCCUUCUCUUGUCCCUCCUCCACUGACUGUAGCAUCCAACUUAGAAACUACCGCCGCUGGGCCCCUGAGAGUGGAUGGAUGAGCAGCGAAGAAGCAGAGAACAUGGGUUUCAGUGAGGAGGAGGUGGAAGCGUUGAAGCAGAUAUUCAGGUUUGACCCUCCUGAUCUUGUUGCAAUCUCACUGGUAGGGAGCAGGAAGAACGAGUCCAACGCAGAGCUGAAGAUAGCGGACAUCCGCAAAGUGUUCGCCGAACUCGGACUGAACCUGACGGAUGCCGACAUGCAAGGUCACGUGCAGGCAGUGGACGUGGAUGGGUCAGGUCGCCUGGAUCAGAUCGAGUUCUUACAUCUCAUCUCCAACCUCAAGCUGGCUGACCUAUGGAGCCUCGACAAGCUCACAGCGCACAAGUGA